CGUCGGAGAACUGAUUACAGGCUACGCAUUCAUCUAAUCUUGUGCCAACUCCACCAGCCAUGGCACCGUCGGCAGUGUUGCGAAGCUGCAAUACAGCCAGCACAUCUGCAUCAUCUCCAGCUUUCCGUCCAGCUACACGCAGCCGUGUGCACUGCGUGCGCGUACAAGCCAAUGAGGCGUUCUGCCGCGAUAAGGUUUCUUCUGUCCGCCAGGAUGUUAGCUCCAAGGGCAUCAGCUACAAAGUCGCCUUUGUUGGAGCAGGCGGGGAGACGCGCGAGGUCAGCUGUCCUGAUAACCAAUACAUCCUCGAUGCCGCCGAGGCUGCUGGCCUGGACUUACCCGCAACCUGCAGAGGUGGUAUUUGCGGCGCCUGCGUGGCACGGGUAGCCAAGGGCACCAUUGACCCAUCGGACAUUGCGGAUUUGAGCUUCACGCUGUCUGAGGAGGAGCAAGAGAAGGGUAUGGCGCUGCUAUGCAUGACGCGCGCGACGUCAGACCUGACCAUUGAGACGCAAUCUGACUGGGGCUACUCUCUUGGAGUCGGGGAGUGGAAAGGAGCGACUGGCAAGUUUAGCGCUAAGCCUGAUCCACUGGUUGGUGUCAGCUGGAGUGAGCUCAAGAAGCACGCACGCGCUGCUCGCGCGAUUCGGCCUGCCUUAUCAUAUUUCAAAGCUUUUAUCGAGGCUCAGGCGCGUAUAUGGUCUCCAGAGGACCCUGAUGGCAAUAUUAUCCUCAGCGUGGCGGAGAACCGUCUAACUUCCGACAUGGUCAAGGAGCGCUUACAUCUCUCUGCAGCUGACUUCCCCGAGGAUGCCCUGUGCUAUGCGGACAUGCGCGGACUCCCCAGACUGAGGGCCGCACUUUCAAACCUGCUGGAGUCCACCUUCAUGAAGGGCAUCUCCGUCGACAAGGAUGACCUGACUGUCAGUGCGGGGGCUGGGGCGAUCCUGGAGAACCUCUUUCACUGUAUUGCAGGAGCGGGCGAUGCCGUACUGAUUCCUGCGCCGUACUACCCUGCCUUCGACAACGACUUGCAAGUGAAAUGCGGGCUGGACGCAGCGGCGGAGGCCGCCGCGGCCGACUGUGCCGCCUCUGCUGUUGCUGCUGCUGCUGCUGCUGACGGGCUUGUCAGCUGCGGCGAUGGCCAUCAUGGCCACCGCCGCCGCGUCGCAGCCUUGCUGUACACCUCCCCCAACAACCCACUGGGAAUUAUGUACCGGCGGGAGACGGUGGUUGAGAUGUUGCGAUGGUGUCUGUCGCGGCGGGUGCACCUUGUCAGUGAUGAGAUUUACGGCAACAGCGUGUUUGCGGAGGGCCAGUCCUUCACGAGUGCGGAGGUCGUGGCGCGACAGGAGGUGCCUGCCCUGCCCCACUCCGAGCGGCUACCCGAGCUCCAUCACGUGGUCUGGGGGCUGUCCAAGGACCUGUGCGCCUCCGGACUACGGUGCGGCUGCCUGCACACCAGGAACAAGCUGCUGCACCAGGCUCUGGACAACCUGGGCUACUUCUGUGCGGUCCCCAACCCGCUCCAGUGGGCCCUCACACACCUCCUGGAGGACCGGGAGUGGGUCAACAACUUCCUCGCGACCAACAGGGCCAGGCUCAAGGCCUCGUACGACAAGCUGGAGGCCGCUCUAAAGGAGGCGGACAUACCCCACUUGCGGGCGGAUAGCGCCAUGUUCUGUUGGGUAGACCUGAGGCGGUGGCUUCCCCCGCAGCACCCCGGCUGGUCGGGUGAGCAGGAGCUGUGGAGCGCGAUGUGCCGGGAGUGCCGGGUGCUGCUGACACCAGGCGAGCAGUGUCAUGCCUCCGAGCCGGGCUUCUUCCGAAUUUGUUGGGCCUGGAUGCCGGGGGACGCGCUGCCGGAGGCCGUACGGCGCCUGGUAAAACACUUCGGAGGCCGCGGCGCCACCACCCGCAGAUCGGAUGCUGAGGGACGGGACGGCCCGGCGGCUGGGGAAGCUUCUGCGAAAAUGGACGAUGUGGCUGAUGAGAUUUGA